AGCAGAUGAUGAUGGCGCAGAGGCACGGAGCAGCAACAGUCUCAGAUCCGGAUUAUAGCCUCCACGCACCGGGAUCUACGUUCGCGUCACUCAGACUCCGGUUUCUGUUUACUGUUAUCAUUUCUCCUCUGACAACAACGCGGCGGACCACUUCUCCCAUCUGUCCGUGAACGCGCCACUGAGUCCAAGAGGCUCCUGAAAACAGAAUAGAUCUACACCUUCUGCUGGACGGCCAGGGCGCUCCUCGAAAUGGAUGAAGACAAUCACGUUCCAGAGGAUCUGUCCCUGGUGGAGAGGGACGAGCUGUCCAACAUCCGACGGAGGAAGAAGGAGCUGCUGGACGAUAUUGAGAGGUUGAAGUUUGAGAUCUCAGAGGUCAUGACGGAAAUCGAGCAGCUGACAUGUGUUGGGGAAAGCAAAACUUCCCAAAGAAACAAACAGAUCGCUAUGGGCAGAAAGAAAUUCAACAUGGAUCCCAAAAAGGGGAUCCAGUUCCUGCUGGAGAACGACCUCCUCCAGCACACUCCUGAGGACAUCGCUCAGUUCCUCUACAAAGGCGAGGGACUCAACAAGACAGUCAUCGGCGACUACCUGGGCGAGCGGGAUGAUUUCAACAUCAAGGUGCUCCAGGCUUUCGUGGAGCUUCAUGAGUUUGCAGAUCUGAACCUCGUCCAAGCCCUACGGCAGUUCCUGUGGAGCUUCCGCCUGCCGGGUGAAGCCCAGAAGAUCGACCGUAUGAUGGAGGCGUUCGCAUCGCGCUACUGCCAAUGCAACCCUGGAGUGUUCCAGUCGACAGAUACCUGCUAUGUAUUGUCAUUCGCCAUCAUCAUGCUGAACACCAGUCUGCACAACCCCAACGUCAGAGACAAGCCCCCCGUGGAGCGCUUCAUCUCCAUGAACAGGGGCAUCAAUGGAGGAGGGGACCUGCCAGAGGAGCUUCUCAGGAACCUUUACGACAGCAUCAAAAACGAGCCUUUCAAAAUCCCAGAGGAUGAUGGGAACGAUCUGACACACACGUUCUUCAACCCCGACAGAGAGGGCUGGCUCCUUAAGCUCGGUGGCCGAGUGAAGACGUGGAAGAGGAGAUGGUUCAUUCUGACCGACAACUGCCUCUACUACUUUGAGUACACAACAGAUAAAGAACCUCGUGGGAUUAUUCCACUGGAAAACCUCAGUAUCAGAGAGGUGGAGGAGCCACGGAAGCCUAACUGCUUCGAGCUCUACAACCCCAGCCAUAAAGGUCAGGUUAUCAAGGCCUGCAAGACAGAGGCGGAUGGGCGGGUCGUCGAGGGAAACCACGUUGUGUACAGGAUAUCGGCUCCCACCCAGGAGGAGAAGGAGGAGUGGAUCAAGUCCAUCAAGGCGAGCAUCAGCAGGGAUCCGUUCUAUGACAUGCUGGCCACCAGGAAGAGGAGGAUAGCCAAUAAGAAAUGAGUUCAGCAUCACUUCUGCAGCCAGCAGCCAGUGUGUGUGUGUGUGGGUUCCUGGAGAAUUCCUGAACUUCUGGUCUUCUCUGAAACAGAUGUGAAGAUUUGAUUUACGUCGACACAGACUUUAAAAGCAGACAUGUCACUGUGAAUGAAACCUUCACCAACCUGAACAAUGAUGAAGAGCAGAGUGGGUCAGAGCAAUCCAAACGUCUUUCCUGGGAAGAAGUUUCCACCUGCUGGACGUGUAGGGAAUCACACCAACUUCACUUAAAAACCUCAGCAUCACCUCCUCCAACAUGGUUUUAAAGCCUGGAGCUCAUCGAUCAGCUGGUCUGAUUGGUAGCUCAUUGAUUAUAUGCAAACACUCACUUAGUCCAUGGAAUCACUUAAUAUCAGCCCAAGAAUCUCAUCUCUGGAUGCCAACAGACGGGAUUCAGGAAACGGUUUACAAAAGCUGGUCAACUUCAGCUGAAGGUGUUUGUUUAUCUAGGAUCCACUUUUGGAUUCGGUGUCGUUUUCUUUCAUAUUUAUUUUCUUAUUGUGUCACAAAAGAGGCAGCCCUCCAGUUACAUUUAACAUGUAUAGUAUGUAAUGUACAUUGUUUUUUAUUGUUUGUGUUAAUCAAGCCUUCAUCUUUUUAGUCUGACACCCAUCAACGUAUAACGGUGGAAGAAAAGGGACUUCAUACGGUAACUCGGGUAUUGCUGAGCAGAUUGUAAAUGCUGCUGCUCUGCAAACGGGCAUCAACACUUCAGAAUCUUACAGUGCUGUGAAAACAGAUGGCUGCUUAUACUGACCCGAUUCUGCUGGAGUUUUACUCUCCACUGUCGCCACAUGCUUGCUUAGUAUGAGGAUUGCUGUAAAGACACUGACACAAGUCAGUGACUCGAUAAUCUAACUGGCAUAAUGACCUGAACUCAACGCACUGACAAGCAGGUUCAAUUGGAAUGUUUACUUUGCAAAGUGCUUUGAGACGACUCUUGUUGUGAUUUGGCGCUAUAUAAAUCAAUGGAACGGAGACUUCCAUGACUAAAACCUCUGCUGGCCAAGAACACAAAAACAUCUCGAAGGUGUGAGACUUUAUGGUAAAAUUUCUGAAGAAACUGGCUGCUAUUCAGGGGGGGAAAUAUAUUAUUCAAGCACGGUGGUAGUAGUACAGUGGUCUGGGGCAACUUCAGAACCACCUGCUGUAACUGGCUGUUUCUCACCAUCAUUGAACCUCACCUUGAUCCCACCCCAGUUGCCUAGGAGAUAUGUCAUCAGGAACCGCCAAGGUGUGUUCCAAUUGGUUACAAUGUUCAUGUGCCACCAAGGCGUCUGUCCUGUUUGUUAGCCGUUUAGCUAACAGGCCUUAUUGCCUUCUCUUGGUCAAAAUUUCCCAGAAAGCAGCAUGGAAAGGAUGGCUCCUCAACUGAUUGUAGCCAUCAGGCUGAUAUCUAACAAGUUUUUUAGAGCCACAGUGGUUAGUUUCAGGUUAAUAGUUCCAGCUUCGGUGGCUAGCAGGUAGUAACUCGCUUACAUAUUUCAUUUAACCAAUAUGCACACAAUUAAAAGAAGUAAAAGGCUCGUUUUACAUUCGUUAAAACUUAUUCGUGUGAAAAUUAACUUUACCUCACGUGUCACGUGAUAGUCAGUUCCAUUUAACCGUUUUCUUUGACCAAGGAAGGACAGUGUCCUCGUUAGCAAGGUGCCCUUCCUGGCAGCAAAGGCAAGGCCAGGUUCCCUGACAUAUAGAAACACCCCAUGAAUUCUGCUCUUCAGUAAAACAUCCUGGAGAAAAUCUGACCUUUGACCUUAAACAGGCUGUUCAAUAUAGCUGAACCAAAUGAUGAUUCUGGCAAAAAUAACAAAUGGUUUCACAGGUUGGUCUCCCCAUUAAGUGAAAUCAUCAUUUGAAAACACUUUUGUAUUUACUCAGGUUAUUCGCCUCUAAUAAUGAAAUUUGUUUACUGAUCUGAAAACAAACAUUUAAGUGACAAAAACGUGUGAGGCCACUGCUUUUUCACAGCACUGUGAAUGAUGUGAUCCUUGAGAAAAACAGCUGAAUACUUUGAUGUACAAUCUGAAUAAAGAUACAUGCUAAUA